CUGAGCAAGCAAAUCCUCGCCAUUAUUGCUGUUGGUUUCGUUAUUCUUGUCGGGCAGUAUUCCCUAUGGCCAACGUUACAACCCUCCGCUGCAAUUCCACCUCACUUUUCCAUGGAGGAGCCAAAGGCCACAGCCUGGUCAAAUUGGUCAGAUUCGACCACACUAAAACCCAUCAAGAACACUGUUAUUGUGCUGUGGUACUGGCCCUUUGGCGAAUCGGUCAGUCUUGCUGAUAAUUACUGCAUGGAUAACUAUGGCAUUCCCAACUGCGACGUAGUGGGCAAUCAGUCCUGGUUCCCCAAAGCAGAUCUGGUGGUGUUCCACAACCGUGAGUUGAUCAACGGGCAGCGGAGGUUACCCCUGAAUCUGCCUCGGCCAAAAACCCAGAAGUGGGUCUGGCUAUCCUUGGAGAGUCCUCCACAUAAUGGGAAUAUGAGGCCCCUAGCCGGCCUCUUCAACUACACCAUGUGUUAUCGCCGGGACUCGGACAUUUACGCACCGAAUGGGUGGCUUGUGCCAAGCAAAGCUCCGAAUGGCACAACCGUUGAGGACUUUAUACCAAAGGGCAAAACUGCUCUGGCCUGUUGGGUGGUGAGCAACUACCAGGCUAGAGAUAAGAGGACACAAGUGUAUAACAAGCUGAAGAAUGUCAUCCCAGUGGAUGUGUAUGGAGGUGCAAGAAAUAAGCGUAUCUCUGCAGAUAGUCUCCUACCCACAAUAUCUCGUUACUAUUUCUACCUCUCCUUUGAGAACAGCAUUGCUACAGACUACAUCACGGAGAAAGUUUGGAGGAACGCCUUUAUGGGUGGCGCCAUACCGGUGGUUUUAGGUCCGCCGCGGAAACAAUACGAGGCGGUCUUGCCAAAGAACUCCUUCAUCCAUGUGGACGACUUCAGCACAGUAGAGGAACUGGGCAUCUUCAUGAAGGCUCUGGCUGCGGAUAAAGAGCGCUACGCUUCCUACUUUGCAUGGCGUCUGAACUACACCGUUGCUCGUGCAGGAUGGGCGGAGAAACUGUGCAGAAUCUGUCCGAUUAUUAACAGUUUGCCCACAUCAAAGAUAUAUAAGGACUUACAUAGCUGGAAUUGGCAAUGAAAGCUGGAAGAAAAAUAUGUACAAGAGUGUUACUGGUAGCCUAAUCUCACAUGACUUUUAGGUACUUUCAAGUGUUCGUUCAAUAACUACACAGAUACACAUAGUAUACUACUCUUUGAAGUAUAGGGAAAGCUGACACAAAUUCAGAAAAACAAAAAUCAGGUAAACAUUAU